AUGACAACCAGUGAGCUGCAGGCGGAGAUCGAGACCACCAAACAGAGGCUGCAGGCAGCCAGAACGCGGUCUCUGGAAAUUUGCGAAGAGAUUGAGGCCGCUACGGUGCGGCAGCGGUUGCGACGGGAGCUGGAAGAGCUCAAGGUGGAGCUGGACCAACAGCAAACGGUAAACGUUGCUGACGAAGAUUACAAACGAAGUAUCGACGCGGACGAUUGUGGAAUGUUUGUGGAUUCGGCAGCAAAAAGUCAGCCGGUCUGGGCUCACCGCAAGAACGGUGUUGCGCGUGAUGCCUGCACGAAUUUUGGCCACCAAAUCUUGAAAGGAGAGUUUACAUGGAAGCUUCUUCCGAUGUCUUGGCUUCAAACAGCGCUUCGCCAUGAAGGGAAAAAGGUUGCAAAGUCCGACAUCUUUUCCCUGGGCGAGUUCGUGUUCUCCUUUGUCUACAGUCCCUCAGCAGGCCCCGUCAUAAUGACAACCGCCUGUGGCGAGAGACCCUGCGGCUCCCUUGCCAUAGUAGCAUAUGGCUGUGCAGAGCCCAUCGCACUGCGCUACAGCAUUUAUGCCAAGAGGAGCACAGGUGACUUCGUCCAGUGGGGUGCUACACAGGAUGAGAUCCACCACUCGGCGAAUGAAGUCAAAGCCUAUGGCCCGGAUGUGCAUCCGGAACCUCAUCCGGAGGGAUCACCCCCCCAGGAGAUCGGCGUCUUUGGCCUGACUCAUGAGCAGCUUCUGCAAUCAGAGUUGGUGCAGGACGACACUUUGAGGGUGAAGCUGGUUUUGGAAGUCCGUGAAUUGGGAAUCCAAGUUACGUCCCAGCGGUCUGAGAGAGAGGCGGUGGACGUUCCAAACCCGACCCUGCAUCGUGACGUGCAAGCUUUGUUCGAGGAAGCUACCUCGGGUGAUGUGCAGUUCAGGCUGCAGGAUGAGGUGAUUCACGCGCACUCGCAAGUUCUGUGCGCCAGAUCGGAGGUGCUCAAGAAGCUACUGAACUCCGGCAUGCAGGAGUCCACUUCCAAGGUAAUCAUGGUUGAAGACUGCACCGCGGACGCUUUCAAGGCCUUCUUAACGUUCCUCUACACGGACAACUUUCCCUUUGUUGAGGGCCCUGCAGCAAAGCAAUCAAGAACAGACGGGAGUCUGCCUCUGCCACAGAUGGAGGCAUUGUGGGCCGUCAGUCACAAGUACCAGGUAGAGCGGCUCCAGCGGUGGUGUGAAGCGCAGCUUUGCAAACAGCUCAGCGCAGAGCGGGUCUGCGACAUACUUCGCCAGGCACAUGUCUUCGAGGCCACACAGCUCGAGAAGGCUUGCCUGUCCUACAUCAAAGAGAACUGUGAGCAGGUCCUCAGACUUCAGGCCUACAGUAGUCUUAUGAGCAAAUGGCCUGAAGUUGCGUUGAAGAUUCACCUCUUCACGGCCGGUGUGUCAGAAAGCCAGGCAGCUGCCAUCGUGCAGGCCCGCAAGGUUCGAAGGUUAAAUGAUGGGGCCGAAAGGACUUCAUAG